AUUUUCAACUCAGACGGAACGCACGGUUGGGCGGACGCAGUUUGAAAUAAUUCAAAACACGAACAUCGUCAAAGAUCUUUGUCAGAACGUUUUAAAACAAAUACAAACAAACAAAAACCACAAUUAAGUUAAUGUAUUAACCGAAGUAGAAACAAAGUCUUCCAAAAAGCGGAACGAUUCCACUGAGAGGAACAAAGUGAGAAUUGCAAUUUCAGUGAGUGCAGUUUGUCAGUUCUUCAGUCUGCCCAUUUGUCAGUUCGUCAGUUUGUCAGUUUGUCAGUUGGCCAGCGCGUCAGUGUGUGUGUUUUGGUGCCAGUGUGUCAGUGAGUGUGAACUCUGUGGUAAAGGUCAAAACUCAUUUGAAAAUGUCGAGCGGCAACCAAGAAGCAAUGUCAACAAAAGCAGCUGUCAACUCAUUGGACGUGGACGAGGACAAGGCCCCGUCAAUGCAUAUGCAUCCAACAUCCUCGUCCUCAUCCUCAUCGGCAUCGGCAUCGGGAUCGAUUGCGUCCAGCGGCCAUGUGAAAGCUCUGGCCAUCCUGGUGGCCAUCGUCUUGUGCAGCGGCAGCCUGGGACUCGCCGACGGGCUCAAGUGCCACAUGUGCGGCCAGUACAACGAGGGCGUGGGCUCCAUCACGCCCUGCACCAACUACACCAAGGACAUUGCCCAUCUCUACCUGAAGGAGUGCACCAAGAAGAGCGAGAAGUUCUGCGUGAAAUACGUGAGUGAACUGUCCACUGUGCGCGAUUGUGCCACCGAGUGUGUGGAAAAAGAAAUUUGGGAGACACAAACGUACUGCUGCACCGAGGACGGCUGCAAUUCCGGCACCCAAUUGGCCCACUCCCUCAUCCUGUUGAUCCUGCCACUCCUUUCGAUGACUUGGCCCACAAUCGUUGAUUUCUGGAACACGCGACGUUAAGUGGAUUCUCAAAUGAUUCUGGGUUCUUGACUUGAUUUUGGUUUAUUUUGCAGCAAGUGAACAACAAUGUAUAAAAUUUCAACCGUUAGCAUUUAUUUUAUGUUCAAAAAUAUAUAUUUAAAACACAAACAAAAUUCUGUGAACGGGACCUAAUCAAACUAAGAAGCGAUAACGCAAAGUUACACGAAAAUUUACCAUUUGACCUGUUUUUAUUUUGUAAUUUAUUAACUUAUGCGAUUUCGGAGUAUACACUUAUAUAAAUAUAUAUAUAUAUAUUUUUUUGCCAACAUGUUUGCUGUUAUUACUUUGAGGCUUUGUAUUUCUGACUGUCUUCCCAAAAAAAAACACAAAGGUGUUGGUAAAUGAAAACGAAGGGGUGUCGAAACAUCCGAAAGCUUAACUAAUUCAUAUUCACAAGAAAAACCAAUUGCAAUGCCAAAUUACUACUAAAGUCGUGUUAAAAAAUGAGAAAAAAAAGAGAAACGCAAAACGCAUUAUUAAAAAUAAAGAGAAAUUAAAUUACAUUUAAGAUAAUGCCAGCUGUCGAAAGUACAUAAGAAAUCGCAAUCACAUUGAGGAUUUAAAAGAACAUCAAUGAAUUUCGCCGAGUUCGUAUUGAAUGCAUUUCAUGAACAUACUAAUUAUAGUACACCUAAGGUUAAAUAACGAAACGUAGGAAUUAAAUACCUAGGAAUCCUGCAAGUUAGUGGUUUGUUUUUAUAAUUUGCAUAUAGGCCCACAAAUAUUACGCAAAUGUCAAAGUCACAGUGAGUUUAUUUUGGGGUCUGUGAUUUUGCACUUUGGAACUGUAAUAUUUGCUGGCAAUCUAUUCCAUUCUAUGUAACUUCAUAAGCAAAUAAAACCUAUUAAGCAAAUGUUGUUUUUUGUUUGCAAAAAGAAAACGAAAGGAAAACAAAACUAAUGUUUGUUAAAUACAAUUGUGAAAGUAAAGUUAAGGUCGUACGAAUUAUGAUAGCAGCAGCGAACACUAAAGAAAAUCGAAGACGUUUUCACUCCACUGUUCAUGAGAUUCUAAAUUAAAUAUUAAAACUGAAACAAAAACAAAAACAAAGACAACGCUAUGAUUAUACCAAUUGAUCUUCACGAAUAAAAUACUUGUAGCAAAAGUCUAGCUGAGAUUAGAUACCAUUCGGCAUAACGUAGGUAAACAACUAAUUAAUAGAAUUAUAUAGAUUUACCGAGCGUUUAGUGAACCCAAGUGAAUUAACAUGAAAGUUCUUAACGAUUUUCUUAUAUAUAGAGAGCACUUACGCGAUUCCAUUUUUAAUUAUUUACAAAUAAUAAUAUUUUCAACGAUUAAUACUUAUAAACAAACAAACAAAAAUAUGAUGACUCAUACGAUAUAUACCUACGAAAAAACAUAGUGUUUAGAUCUAAGGGCUUUCACUAUAUUAAAGCAAAGCAAACGUGUGAAAUAUGCAAAUAUGCAAAACGAGAUGCGAUUAUACAUAUACAAAUGUUAAAUGUUAGUUCCUCAAAACCAAAGCAGCUUGUGUACUCGUAUUUAAUGCUCACAUUUGAAUAAUUUGCAUAUGAUUAAAAGCGCCCACUUAACAAAAUGACUAAAUCGGAUUUUCAUUUAAUUAUAUUAUAUAACCGCAAAAUUUACACGGACAUUUUGCAAAAUAAAUUGUUCGGGGCGAACUGUCUGCUUUUGGCCACAUACUCGUAUAAUGCAAUCAUUUGAUUUUACAUUCUCAUCGAUUUACACAAAACGAGAAAAUUCCAAUUGCAAUUACAAUUACAACACUAAUAAUAAUAAUUGUAUGUAUAUGUAUGGUAUAUGUAUUUCCAAUAACAAUUUUAAUUUAA